AUGGCUGAUCAAACUGUCACCGCUGACACCACCGCCGAGAAGAUGGAUACCGCUGAGGCUCCAGCUAGUACCCCAGCUGCCACUCCAGCUACUCCAGCUCCAGAGUCCGAAACCACCGAUUCGACGGUCCCACCAAACGUGCUCUCCGCCAACGGAGGACAGCAAACUGGUGUCCAGCCUACUACGCGAAACGUCAACAACAUCCCAACUCGUCAAUAUCUCGACUCGACUGUCGUGCCAAUUCUUCUUCAAGGGCUCGGAGCGCUCGCUAAGGAUCGUCCGGAGAAUCCAAUCGAGUUCUUGGCCAACUUCUUGUUGCGCGAAAAGGACCGCUACAACGCUGAGAACCAGAACCCAGCCGGACAACAAUAA